AUGGAGAGUAGGAUUUUAGAAAUCAAUGUUAACUCCGCCGAGGUUUUCAAUGACGUUAAUGUUUUCACUCCGACGACGGAUGCUCAUGUCGUCGUUUCAAUCAACGGUGAUCAUCGUUCUUCGGAAAGAACUCCGAUCGGCGGAGUCCGUGGUUCAAGUUGCUAUUGGAAUCACACAGUGAAAUUCAUCGGUGAGACCGCCGUCCGCAGCCUCGUAUUCCGUCUUAAUUCCGGACGUCGGCCGGAAGACUCAGACAUUGCCGCGGUUGAAAUCCCCGUCAACGAAGAACUUUUUCAUGGCUACAAUGAAAACAUGACGGUGGCUCAACCAGACGGUUAUUGGAAGCCUGUUCGACCGCCUGUAAUUAUGUAUCCGCCGACUUAUUCGAGGUAUGCAAUGGCGUAUCCGUCCCCUAAUCCAUGGUGGAGCUUUGGGUAUCCGCCGUCGUCUCAUGCCGUGGGCUAUCGUUAA